GAAAUUUCCUGCGUGUGCGGCUCGGGCGGGCGCGGCGGGGCUGCGCUGCGCUGCGCCGGUGCUGCGCUGCGAUGGACGACCCCCGAGGAGUGCCGCUGGGGCUGCUUCUGGGGCUGCUCUCCCUCCUCGCCUCCUGCGGAGGGACGGCCGCUUUCCUGGUGACAGCCCCAUAUACGCUCUGCAUCUGCCCCGAGGGCCAGAAUGUCACCCUGAGCUGCCGAGUGAGCGGACCACCUGCCAACCACCACGACCUGAUCUUCAAAACCUGGUACUUCAGCAACAACGGUGACCAGAGCUGCUCUGAGAAGCGGCACAUUCGCAACCUGACUGAGAAGGAGCUGCGCCAUGAUCCCAGCCGGCACCACGGCACUGUUGCCAACAGCACCGCAAGGUCCCCCCAUGGAUCACUGGGUGGUCACCAUGGUGUGGAGUUCAUCCCUGACCAUCACGGGGCUUUCCAUAUUGUGGUGAUGAACCUGACACUGCAGGACAGCGGGAAUUACUGCUGCUAUGCCAUGGAGACACGGCGGGAGCAUGGGAAGGCCCAUACCCUGCAUGUAGCUCACGGCUCUGUGGAGCUGCAGAUCCAGAGGGGCAGAGGAGCGCUUCAGAACUGCACUUUUCACACUGCCACCAGCAAAGAUAUCACGGCUGCUGCGCUGGCAACGGGCGCCUGCAUCGUGGGCAUCCUCUGCCUGCCCCUCAUCUUGCUCCUGAUUUACAAGCAGCGGCAAGCGGUCAGCCACAGACGUGCUCACGAGCUGGUCAGAAUGGAGAGCAGUGCUCAGGGCAUCGAGAACCCUGUCUUUGAGGCGCUUCCUGUGGGCAGCACUGAGCAGCGGCCCCGGCCACAGCUCUCCUACCUGGGCGGGAGGCAGCUCUCUGAGUCUGGCCGGCACCUCCUGUCUGAGCCCAGCACCCCACUGUCCCCACCAGGCCCUGGGGAGUGCUUCUUCCCCACUCUAGACCCUGUUCCUGAUUCACCAAAUUCCUUGAAAGCCUGAAGAACACCACGGCCAAUGCAACAGAAGAGGGCACUGUGUUGUGGUUGUGCUGGAGGGGACGUGGUCAGGGCAAGCAGCAACUCCCACCCAGCCACCACCAGCAGGAAAAUUACAAAUAAAUUGAAUAAAGACCUCCACUCCUUCCACUCCCCCCUGCCCGGACAGCAGCCGCUGGUUUUCCCUCACAUUACAAGGAGGAACACAGAGAGGACAAUGGAAAGAGCCUGAACUCGGUCAUCAUUACACACCGGGCAAUAGAGAAGGGGAGGAUUCCAAUAAAAUCAAACAACAGCAAAGUGCCUUAAAAAAUCAAAUCAAGCCCAGGAGCCUUGCCUGUUUCUCCUGUCCCAGUGACCUCUCUUGCUUGGGCUUUGGGUUUUACUGCCUAUUUCCAUGGCCAAGAGGACGGAGAAGGAUGACUGUGCGCAGUCUGCGUGAGGAUGUAUGCUAUUGACAUUUCAUUGACUGUAGAUUUCACCUUGUGCCUAAAUCCCAGAGGAUGGAAGGAAGAGCAGCUCUGGGCCCCGGGAGCUGCAUCUCCGGCUCCUCCUGCCAGCCUCCCUGAGCACUUAACUUAUUGUCAGGGUCUCUACCUGUGUAGCACUCACCCGUCCAGCUCACUUGGACGGCACAUCCUUUCCAGGAGCAUAUGGUAAAGUACUUGAAGCACUGUGAGACAAAACAGUGGCACCGGCCAACUUUACACGAAGGGUUUCUUUGCAAAACAGGAAGGGGAGAGGCUCACUCCUGCCGCAGCCCUCCUGCCCCACUGCCUGCUGGCACAGCCUGCAGCCAGAGGGCUGUUUGUGCUGUGAUUCUGUACUCAGCUUCAGAACAGUAGGAUUCAUCUUUCUGUUUGUGUCAUUGUCAGUGCUGAUUAAAAGCUAGGAAGUCAGAUAGAUUGU